AUUUUCUAUAAAAUAUAUUAUUUUUGUGAUGGAAUUUAGAAAAUAUUAUUUUGACAAGGAAUUACACACAUGACACAAUUGGUGUAUCACAGACUCACACGACAAUACUGACACAUCCUUAACAAGCUUCCUCAUUUGUUGUGUGCUUCUCAUUCAACCAAACACAAAUCCUCAACCCGAAGAAGAAGAAAAGAGAGAGAGAGAUGGUGAAGAAGAAAACAGAGCUGAUCUUCAUUCCAGUUCCAUCCACAGGCCACCUUCUCGUCCAUAUUGAAUUCGCCAAGCGUCUCAUCAAUCUCGACCAUCGGAUCCACACCAUCACCAUCCUCAACUUGUCUUCACCCUCUUCCCCUCACGCCUCCGUCUUCGCCAGAUCUCUCAUCGCUUCACAGCCCAAAAUCCGCCUCCACGAUCUUCCCUCUCUCCACGAUCCUCCUCCAUUCGAUCUCUACCAAAGAGCUCCCGAAGCUUACAUUGUAAAGCUCAUCAAGCAAAAUACUCCUCUCAUUAAAGACACCGUUUCUACCAUCAUCCGUAAAGGUUCAGAUUCGGUUCGUGUCGCCGGUUUGAUUCUCGAUUUCUUCUGCAACUCGUUGAUAAAUGAUGUUGGCAACGAGCUUAAUCUCCCUUCUUACAUAUAUCUCACUUGUAACGCUAGAUACUUGGGCAUGAUGAAAUAUCUUCCGGAUCGCCAUCGGAAAAUCGCAUCUGAGUUCGAUUUGAGCUCCGGCGACGAGGAUUUGACGGUUCCCGGAUUCGUUAACGCUAUUCCCACCAAGUUCAUGCCGCCUGGUUUGUUCAUUCGAGAAGCUUACGAGGCUUACGUCGAGCUAGCGCCGAGAUUCGCCGAUGCAAAGGGUAUUUUGGUAAAUUCGUUUGCGGAGCUUGAGCCUCACCCGUUUGACUACUUCUCUCACCUGACGAAGUUCCCUCCGGUGUACCCAGUCGGACCGAUUCUCAGCUUGAAGGAUCGAGCGAGUCCAAAGGAGGAAGCGGCAGAUCGGGAUCGGAUAGUGAGAUGGCUCGAGGAUCAGCCAGAGUCAUCGGUGGUGUUCCUCUGCUUUGGGAGCAAGGGAACCGUUGAUGAGCCACAAGUGAAGGAGAUAGCUCGAGCGCUCGAACUCGUCGGCUGCAGAUUUCUAUGGUCAAUUCGAACAAGCAGCGUCGUGGAGACGGACCCUGACGAUGUGUUACCGGAUGGGUUCAUGGGCCGAGUAGCAGGCCAGGGGUUGGUAUGUGGUUGGGCCCCUCAAGUGGAAAUAUUGGCCCAUAAAGCAAUAGGAGGAUUCGUGUCUCACUGUGGUUGGAACUCCACGCUUGAGAGCUUGUGGUUCGGCGUUCCUGUCGCCACGUGGCCUAUGUACGCUGAGCAACAGCUUAACGCGUUCACGUUGGUGAAGGAGCUAGGGAUCGCGGUGGAUUUACGGAUGGAUUACGUGUCGGGUCGUGGGGAUUUGGUUACUUGUGAUGAGAUUGCGAGAGCCGUCCGAUCUUUGAUGGACGGUGGGGAUGAAAAGAGAAAGAAGGUGAAGGAGGUGGCUGAUGCGGCGAGGAAGGCUUUGAUGGACGGAGGAUCUUCGUCUUUGGCGACGAUUCGAUUCAUUGGCGAAUUGUUGGAUGAUGAUUCAUGCUAAUACAAGGGGAGGCCGUGAGUGCACACGCUCAGUUAUUUUUCUCUGAACUGAACCAGGAGAACAUUAUUAAAUACGUUUAUUUUCACUAAUUAAACUUAUGUGUAAAAUGAAGUAUUGUGCUCCAAAGCAAAAACGGUGGCAAUCUUUAUGGUAUCUUAAGUUUAUGGAUUAAUCGAAUAGUAAAGUUACAUACAUAAAAAACGUUGUACUCGUUAAUUGAAUUUAGCUACAGUUCUCUCGUUCCAUAUCACCCAAAACUCAAAAUACAAAUGCUUAAAUCCAGUUUUGGAAUUGCUUCAAUUUGAGUUAAUUAUUUAAUCUAGAAAACGAUUGUAUUAAGAUAACACUGAUCACCAGGUGGUGCACACUGCACAUACAUACACACACAAAAAAAAAAAAAAAAA